CUAUCUCAAAUGCCGGUCGAAAGUGUCAUCCCCGAAGCGGGUCAAAAAUGGCCAGAAAAUGUCGGCAUUAUUGCGAUGGAGGUUUACUUUCCUUUUACGUGUGUAAACCAGGAGAAAUUGGAAGAGUUUGAUGGCGUUAGUAAGGGGAAAUAUACGAUUGGUUUGGGGCAACGAAACAUGGGUUUCUGUGGAGACCACGAAGACAUCAACUCGAUGUCGCUCACGGUUGUUCACAAACUGAUGGAGAGAAACUCUAUCGAUCCAAACGAUAUCGGCCGGCUUGAAGUUGGAACAGAGACCUUGAUCGACAAAUCUAAAUCUGUGAAAAGUGUUUUAAUGCAGUUGUUUGAAGAGAGUGGGAACACAAACAUUGAAGGGAUUGAUACAACAAAUGCUUGUUAUGGUGGUACUCAAGCGCUGUUUAACUCAGUUGCGUGGAUCGAAAGCAGUUCGUGGGACGACUUCUCAGAUUCAGUAUUAGGAAGUUUAUGCAAUCCAUUCGGGAUUGCUACCGUAAUUUCCAGCAGUUUACCCACAGAGUUCCACAAAGCGGCACGAAAACAUGAUGCCAACUCGAGUUUAUUUCACGCACGGUGCGGGUUUUAUCCACCAACUGGUGCAAAUAAUCUGUGGACUUGUUUUUUCACCAUAUGCAAUAAUCGGCCUGUGUGGGUGAUUGGCCAUGCGGGUAAAUGGCUGGAAAUUAUGUUUUUGAAACCUGACUAUCAACUUCUUGCUAUCCGGAAGCAAGAGCUGUACUGGGGAAUUCUGGCCCGAGUUCGUGGCAUUAUGAAAACGACGGAGGGCCAAUAUUCCUCGACAAGGCUCGAAGAUGUCAAAUUGGAAGAAACGUUUCAAGACGAGGCCAAAGCCAAGGAAAUUGAGAAAGCGUCAAUGAAGUGUAGUAACGAUGCCUACGACAAGAAAACGGCGUCCUCGUUGUGUAUUUCUCGUAACGUUGGAAAUAUGUACACCCCUUCACUUUAUGGUUGUCUCGCGUCUCUCUUGUUCAGGUAUUGGCCGGUGUUAUAUCAGUAACUUCAAGGGAGUUGAAAGAAAUUUGGGAUCGUAUUGUUUUUGCUUUA